AUGAAUCUUCUUAAAAUCACUGAAAUUGUAUGCGGAUCCAUUUCUGCGAUUGUCAAUAGCUUUCUUGCGUAUUUGAUUCUCACCAGGUCUCCAAAAGAAAUGGGACCUUACAAAUGGUUACUGUUGUAUACAACUGUCUUUGAGAUGAUAUACACUUUUGUUAACUUUCUCGGUGGUCCAAUGCUUACUGUUUCUGCUUCGGUUUUUCAAUGUCAAUGUUUAGCGCUCAUUUCAUUUACAGAUAUGGUGCAGUCGAUGAGUGAAUACUGUAGCUACAAGUCAGAACUCACACUAACUUUCAGAUUAUUUUAUCACAAGUACAUGCGUGGGCCCCGAAAAAUUGCCCUUUUCAUUUUCCCAUUAAUUUCGGGAAGUUUGUGGGGCCUGGUGUGCUGGAUAUUUCUAGGAGAGAAACCAGAAAUAUCAGAAUAUUUGAGGCAAACAAUGAUGGAUAAUUAUGAUCUAAACAUUGAUGAGUGCGUAUAUGUGAGUGCCCGAUUUUGGCUCACCGAUUACAGUGGAGGUCUAUACCCAGACAUUUCUUCGUUCCUUGCAAUUUUUUUGGUCUCGAUAAUUCUGAUUACUUCUCUAUCUUGUAUAAUUUAUUUUGGUGUCAGAUGCUAUCGAUGGGUUACAGAAAUUAUCGAAAAUUCAAAAUCCCUGUCUCCAGUGUGUAAAUCCCUUCAGACUCAACUAUUCCAUUCACUUCUGGUUCAAUCGACUCUUCCUCUCAUUCUAAUGUACCUUCCAACUGGCAUCGUAUUCAUUUUCACAAUGCUGAACAUUGAAUUAAACAUCAAUUUUGGAUUCAUUGGUUACACUAUUGCCAUUUAUCCAGCGAUCGAUCCAUUUCCAACCAUUUUCAUAAUCAAGAAGUACAGAGAAAGAUGCAGCAAAAUUCUUCGAAGUAUUCUAAUUUUUGUUGGGAACAAUAACAAACCAAUUUCUCAAAAUACCGUUUUUGUAACCCCAGUGUCUGUAAAUCCAGUUAAUUAUGCCAGUUGCUAA